AUGGCUAGUGGUUCAAAUGAGGAAAAUGAAGCGAACCUCCCAGGAGGGCAUUGGGGACAACUGGGGGGAUCCGAAGUGGGUGAUAAAUCCAAGUUGGGUUUUGCAGUAGCAGGAUGUAACCCGAGUGAGCAGGGUCACCCAGAGGAGGGUCAUCCAGGCAGGGAGGAAUCACACCACGGGUGCAGUUGUGCUGGUUAUCCUGGGAGGGGAACCCCCGGAAUAAGCGACUACCACAGAGAGGACUGUACCAAGGAUGAUGUAGACACCCUGGGCGACGAAGAGGAAAGGCACUUUUGCAACGUCUGUUUUUCCUUCUUGUAUUACAAAAAAUACUGCUUCUACGAGUUGCUAAGGAUUUAUAGGAACGUCUCUUCCCUGACGGACGAGCAGAAGGCUCUCCUCACUGAAUCCAUUUACAGCAAACUCUACAAGAUGUAUCUAGCCGUCCUGAACAAUUAUUUUUUUUUUUUUAAUAUUUUGCUUCCUCAGAUUUCUACGCAUAUUAUUUUGCACCUGCUGGCACAUACUGUUCACCGGGGGGACGUGGUCAUCGUGGAGGACUCUUCCAUGGAUGAGGAGAGUAAUAGUGGGGAAAGCAGUGGAAGCGUUGAAAGCGGCACGGAGGAUGCCAGCUUCAGUAGUGACGAAGAGGGAGACCUGUCCAACCGAAGAAGCAGCUCCGAUGGGGAGGAGAAAAGCGGUCAAAAAAAGCAGCGAAAAAAGAGGAGGAGGAAAAUAAUCCCCAGGGAGGAAUACACCAUUAACGAAAUAUUAAACCAUUUAACGGAGGAGGAAAAGGAAAAGAUCGACAAAGAGUAUAACUACUACAACUUGGACGCAAGGCUGCUCUGCAAAGACAACCCCAUUGUUAUUCUAAAAGAAAUAAGGUCCAAGUUAAUAAGUGCCAAAGAGGACGAAGGGAUGUCUAAGGAACUUGAGCUGAACCUAGAGAGGUCGACUUCGGCAGAUUAUCUGGACGUUGGAUACUCCAGCGGGGGAAAAACCCAUGCAGGAGGAGAACAACAAGGGGGACACUCCCCAGGGGAGUCACACGGACUAAACAUUGAGGGAGAACUCCAGUUGGAAGGGAGAAAGAACCUGCCCUUCCCGGAACACUACAACAAGCAUGAUCAUACGAAGCAGGAGAAGGAACCAGCGGAUACCCCCAACGGGAAGGGCAAAUCGGAAGACAUCCGGUGUGGGGGUGACGCCAAGCAGAAGUAUGAUCCGCACGACGAAAGGUACAUUGCAGACCACCGCAAGCAGAACAGCGAAUAUGCGUUCCCCCUUUUAGACGGCCCACCAGGGGAGGUACGACUUGGUGAAUGGUGCCCAAGUGACGAACCAGGGGGGGAAACCGCUCAGGCAGAUACGGACACCCCUGCUGAGGUCGUUCCAAGUGGGACCCCCCUCCAAGGAGAGCACAUCCCCCCCGGGCGUAGAAUCACAAGUGCAUAUACCCCAACUAUGGACGAAUACAACCUUCUGCAAAAUAUGAGCAAAGUUAGAAGUACAUUAAGACAGUUCGUACGAGACUGGUCUAUUGAGGGAAAACACGAAAGAGACAGUGCAUACGAACCUAUGUUGAAAAGUUUAGAUAAAUACCUACCCAUAACGGAUGACUAUGUACCGAAGAUUCUCUGCCCAGGGUCCGGUUUGGGAAGACUUCCCUACGAAGUGGCGAAAAAAGGCUACAGAAGUCAAGGGAAUGAGUUCUCCUACUUCAUGCUCCUUGCAUCGAACUUCAUCCUAAACUACUACAAUGAGAAGGAAUCCCUAAAGAUACAACCCUACUGCUUAAAUACACUAAACAGAAGAAGAAGGGAUGACCACCUGAAAGUAGUAACCCUGCCAGAUAUAAACACCUACAAUAAGGCUAUCCUAAGUACCGACUUUUCCAUGUGUGCAGGUGAACUGAUCGAAGUGUACGACAAGGAGAAGGGAUCCUUCGACGGAGUUCUCACUUGCUUCUUCCUGGACACAGCGAAAAAUAUUUUCCUAUACAUUCGAACCUUUGCAAAUAUUUUAAAGCCAAACUGCUUGUGGUGUAAUGUAGGUCCUCUCCUCUACCAUUAUUCCGAAAUGACAAACGAACUUUCCAUCGAACUGUCAUGGGAAGAAAUUGAAGUUAUUAUUUCCAAGUGGUUCACCCUUGUGGAGAUUGAAUGGAUAGACAAUUAUUAUACCACCAAUGUGGACUCCAUGAUGCAGGUGCAGUACCACUGUAUCUUUUUUUGCGCCAUCCGGAAUGACGUACCGGUGGAGGAGCCGCCCAUGGGGGGGCCUCUUCAGGACAGCUAA